AUGGCGGCUCCGUCCCCCGGCAAUCUGUCAGCUCAGCAACUGGCAGAUAUUUCGCCGAUCGGCACUGCUGUCCUCAAUGCGCGAGAUGAGAUUCUAUUCUUGAACCGCCGUUUCCGGGACCUGAUGACCUGCCGAUCGCGCAGGGCGUUCGACGGUUGGUCCCAAUCCAUUGCCCGGGGCGACUACGAGCGGGUGGCAACAGCAUACGACACCGCGCUGAAGGCCAACAAAGCGCUGCGCAUCGAAUACCGUACGGGGAACGAACCAUGCCAAUGGCGCCUACUCAUGCUAACGCCAUUCGGCGAGGAAGAGCUGCGCGGGCUCCCCCUCGGCACCGACGGAGGCUCCUACUGCACGAUCACCGACAUCACCGAAGAGAAGCGAGCGGAGAUUUCACAAAAGAAGAUCGCCGAGGAGGCACAGCGGCGGAAGGAACAACAGGAACGCUUCAUUGAUAUGAUCAGCCACGAGGUCCGAAAUCCCCUUUCCGCCAUUCUACAUUGCACCGAAGACAUUUUGGAAGCGGUCCAGCAGAAGGACCAACGGGACAUCCGGGUCGAGGACAUUGCCCAAGCGGCGGAAACGAUUAGUCUUUGCGUCGCACAUCAGAAGAAAAUCGUCGACGACGUGCUGACGUUCUCGAAAUUGGACGCAGAAAUGUUCACCCUAUUGCCGCGGCGCGUCCAGCCCCGACAACAUCUAGCCAUGUCGUUAACCAUGUUUCGGCCGGAGCUGCGAAAGCAUGACAUCGACUUCGAAUACAAGCUGGACCACUCCUACGCCGACUGUGAAGUGGACUGGGUCGUCGCCGAUCUCGACCGCAUGAGUCAAGUUCUCGUGAAUAUCGUCUGCAACGCGAUCAAGUUCACGGCCAAGGCAGGCAACGAGAAGAAGAUAUCGGUGUUCAUGGGCGCCUCCAAGGUGCGCCCGACGUCCUACCCACCCAACGUCGUGUUCUUCAGCUCGGAUGAGUCGGCUCUGCGGCGCAAUGCGACGAACCGGCCCGAGUGGGGGCAGGGGGGCAUGGCCUAUAUCAUGGUCGCGGUGAAGGACACGGGCAUUGGAAUCACCGACGAAGCGCAGAAGCGGCUCUUUGAACGAUUCAAUCAGGCCACUCCGAGAACCGAGUCGAUCUACGGUGGAUCGGGACUCGGCCUCAACGUCAGUCGGAGGCUCUGCCAUUUACACGGGGGCGAAAUUGGCGUGAGCUCGAAGGAGGGUCACGGAAGUACAUUCGGCUUCUUCUUCACUGUUCGUCGAAGUGUCGAGAGCUCCAAGAGCAAGCCACCCCGACAACAGCCGGGGGCCAUCGCCGAGUUGUGCCGGGAAGUCCAAGCGCUCAGCAAUGAAGUGACGGAAGGGACAAACGAGAUCGCCAAUCCGGCCAUUCCCACCAGUCCUGAGAUGACAUAUGUGAAAGAGGUGUCUCCCAACGCGUCCAAGGACGAGAUCUGGCAGCAUACCGCCAGAAUCGCCUACGAGGCCGGCGACACGGAGGUGAUGCGUCACAGUCCCAGUCUUGCCCAGUCCGCCGGUCAACCCCAGUAUCCCAAGCAACAACCAUCCCAAUCACCACCGUCUCCACUGGACGCGACCAAAGGACGGCGGGUUCUGGUGGUAGAAGACAACGUGAUCAACCAGCGUAUUGUGGCGCGCAAGCUCGAGUCCUUGGGGUUUCAGGUGACUGCGGCCAGUAAUGGGCGAGAGGCGCUGGAUAUAGUCCAGCAAAGCACAUUCGACUGCAUUCUAAUGGAUCAAGCGAUGCCGGUGAUGGACGGAAAUUCGGCGACGCGAGCCGUUCGCGAUCUCGAAAAACAUGGGAUGGCGCAUGUCCCGGUUCUAGGCGUCACCGCAAAUGUCCGGGCUGAGCAGCAAGCGGAGAUGAAGGCGGCCGGCAUGGAUGACGUGAUUCAUAAGCCAUACAAGAUGCGAGACCUGUGCGACAAGAUUCAGCAGUUGCUGCGAUAA